ACUAUUAACGAGCUCCAUAAAUGCUUCCAAACUAAUCAAAUUAUCAAAAUAAAUACCUACACGUACGAGUUAGUUGCGUAGGUACCUACGAAAUUGUAUAAGUUUCUAAUUUAAAUAAUUCAAGCAAGUAAAAUGUAGUAUUUUACUUUACAAUGCAUCAUUAAAUGUGUGACAGUGUAAAAGUUAAGUUUUGUUCAUUUUGUUUUGUGGAGAUUUUGUUUACAUACCUAGUAGUUCGCAAUGGCAAACACCGGUUCAGAUAACCCAACUGUGUUAGUUCUCGACGGAGGUUUCUCGUCUCAAAUAUCGCAGCACGUCGGGUGCACCGCGGACGGAGACCCGCUGUGGAGCGCGCGCUUCCUGCAAACGCAUCCCGAACAGGUUACCAACACACAUCUCGACUUCCUUCGAGCAGGAGCCGACGUCAUCCUGACGAACACAUAUCAGGCCUCUGUCGGCGGCUUCGUUAAGCACCUGGGCGUCACGGAACAGGAAGGUUACGCCCUUAUACGCCGCGCUGUCGAGUUCGCUAAAAACGCCCGCAACACUUUUUUGCAAGAGUGCCGUGAAAGUAGCAAUGCUCGACGACCUCCUAUGAUCGUGGGGUCUGUCGGCCCGUACGGCGCUCACCUGCACGACGGGUCGGAGUAUGAUGGCAACUAUGCUGAUAGGACAGAUCUUCAGACCAUGAGAGACUGGCACACACCAAGAAUCAAGACCCUCAUUGAAGCUGGAGUGGACCUCCUGGCCUUUGAGACAAUACCAUGCCAGAAGGAAGCUGAAAUGCUUGUAGAUUUGCUGAAAGAAUUUCCCACAACCAAAGCCUGGCUCUCCUUUAGUUGUAAAGAUAAUGAAACUCUGGCUCAUGGGGAAAAUUUCCAGAAGGUAGCCAAGAAAUGUUGGGACAGUAAUCCUGAACAACUGGUAGCUAUUGGUGUCAACUGCUGCUCACCAAAAAUUGUGACUAACUUGCUCAAGGGCAUCAAUGCUGACAGGAAGGAGAACCCCAUACCAUUUGUGACUUAUCCCAACUCUGGAGAGAAAUAUAAACCAGAAGUGGGGUGGGUGGAAGGAUCAGAUUGUGGCUCUCUGGACAAUUAUGUGCAUGAGUGGCUGGACCUGGGGGUGAGGUAUGUGGGUGGCUGCUGCCGGACAUACGACACUGAUAUAUCCAGGAUCAGAGCUCAAAAGAUAUUUGGUAUAUCUGCCGGGAAACAACAGAGAGAUGACAAAAUUAAAAAACUAUUAAAAAGUAAUGAAGAUCUACAAGACCAAAAUUUAAAGCUCAAUUUUGAAAUAUCACAAUUAAAAAAAGAUAUUAUUAAGAUAAAAACCGAGCACUUCUCUGAAUACCUCAACUUAAUGAAAGAGCGCGAUGCUCGGUACACGUUGUACUUCGAAAAUCUAGGGCUUCACAUGAAAAUUAAGGAACUGGACGGAAGUUCCCAUCCAGUGGACGAAGUCUAUGGAGACCCAAUGAUACUAAGGAUUGCUCUUGAUCGAUGCCGCGAGCAGCUGUCAAUAACGCAGCGUGAACUGAGGAGCUUGAAGGAAGAAUACGCGGAAACAGUGCCGCGGAGUGAACACGACGAGCUCACCACCAAGUACUAUGACGUCACUAAGAACUACGACACUCUGGCCACAGAGCACCAGGCGCUUCAGGAGUCCUUCAAACGGGUUGUUGCUACAAAGAAAUGCAUCGAAGAAGAGCUGUCUGAAUGUAAAGAGCGGUGCAGAGAGCUGGAGCGAGCGGGGACGCCGCGGCCGCAGUGGGAGCUCUGUGCUGACUUCAUAGGCGGCGGCAGAGACAGGUGGAGGCAACUAGCGAGCGGCUUGUCCUCGAGAGACGUGCUUCGAGUGCUGCUGAAGGAACUGGGACCAGCUGCUGAGAGCGACAAUCUGGAACAUUUUGAUGGACUUGGUUUGGACCCAGCUAUACCUCCGUACCUCCGUUACGAGGGUAAAGUGCGCAACCUGCGGCUGUCUCGGCGGGAAGUUAGCGUCAUUAUAAACGACAUCUGGCUCGGAAAACAACAGAACGGAAUGGAUAUGUCCAUGCAGGAUUACGUUACUAAAUAUUUUGAAGAUAGAUACCAGCAGCCGUCAGUGCGCGCGGAGUGGGCGUACAACGUGUGCGCGGGCGCGGAGCAGAUGCUGGACGAGCCGCAAGUGAAGCUGCUGUGGGGCGUGCUGCACGGACAGCUCAGCGAGCACAUCUACUGGGGCCACCGCGCGCACUGGGCCACCUUGAAGGAACAUCUCUACAAACACUGCAAGGAGCGAGAGACAAUAUCCAUCGAAGAAUUCGAGAAAAUUGCGAAGAGUGUGUUUCCGUUGAAGAGUGAGGUGGAUAUAAAAAAUUUGAGCGACGUCGUCAGAAAGCAGCUCAAAAUUAAGUUGAACAACAACGAAAUCUGCUUAGAUAAGCUGUUCCAAGAGAACGAAGAAGGCUUCGACCGUGUGGAAUUCGCCCGCGAGCUGUACAGGCAGCGGCAGCUGGCGCAGGACAAAUACAUCCGCGAGGUCGUGGCUGAGCUCGGAGGGAGGCACGCUGGCAACAAGCCUGUCAGCGUUGAUAACUUGAAGCGGGCGUUUGCUAUUGUUGAUCCUGCUAUCGACCACAUCCGUAUGGAGCGCUACAUCCGCUGGGCAUUCUCCGCGCCGACCGCGGACCUGCGCUCGGUGAGUCCGCUUCCUUUGCGCACUCUAGCGGCGCGCCUCGCUGCUGGCGACAUUGAGCGAGUGGGCCCUCGCACUCGGCCCACGCACCAUCGGACCACUUACAGAUAAAUCUUUAUCUCUGGCGUCAUUUAGCAGUUAUACAACUUUUAACUAUAAAGGCAAUUCUUUCAACUUUAUCAUACCUACUAAAAAUAUUUUUCUCCCGGGUUAAAAUUAUCUACAAAAA